AUGUACCAUGACCUUUGUGAGUUAUAUUGGUGGCCUGGUCUUAAGCAUGAAGUUACUGAUUUUGUGGGAAAGUGUUUAACUUGUCAGCAAGUGAAGGCUGAACAUCAGUUACCUUCAGGGUUACUGCAGCCAAUUAAAAUUCCUCUUGGAAUUCUUACUGAUUACUCUUUGCAGAAGUUGGCUAAACUGUAUGUGGCUGAGAUUGUAAGACUGCAUGGGGUACCGGUUUCUAUUAUUUCAAAUAGAGAUCCAUGCUUCACGUCUUGGUUACAGAAGAAGUUACACGAGGCUUUGGGUUUAAUACUAUACUUUAGUACUGCGUUUCAUCCCCAGACAGGUGGUCAAUCGGAAAGAGUGAUUCAAAAAAAGAUACUGAGGUUUGGACAGAAGGGUAAGCUUAGCCCUAAGUUCAUUGGGCCUUAUCGUAUACUGAAGCAUGUGGGACCGGUCACUUAUCAACUUGAUUUGCCUCCAAAAUUAGACCAGAUUCACGAUGUGUUCCACGUCUCCAUGCUAAGGCGUUAUUGGUCUGAUCCCACACACAUAGUACCAAUUGAGGAGAUUGAGAUUAGGCCAGAUCUGACCUUCGAAGAGAAGCAAAUGCAGAUAUUGGACUGUGAGGUUAAAGUACUGAGGAAGAAAUCUAUUCCAUUAGUCAAAGUGCUUUGGCGUAAUCACAGUUCAGAAGAGGCCACGUGGGAACCCGAAGAGGUCGAUAAGCUAUCUUCCUUUAUUGUCUGUGGUUCAACUGUAUAUCACUUUUCUCUGUCGGUUCGAACUCCUCGAGGAUUGAGGGAGUAUCAAAUAUUCGCCAAUAACAUUCUAGUCAACCUUUGUCACUGGUAUAGGUGGGCUAAGCCACUUUUGACAAGCAAGAUUUUGGGUGCUCAUGGAUCUUAG